GACUUAGCACUGAGAAGAAGGUGGCGUUUGUAUGGGACAGGAUGCUUUCAUGGAGCCCUCUAGCCAGCUUAUUUUGUGACUUAAACUGCCAUAUAUAUUUUCUGCUUGUAGGUAUUUGUUCUGCCUUGAAGCUGACAGUCCCAUCUCAUACUAUCCAUGGUGUCGAGGGGCAACCACUCCAGCUCACUGUUGACUACAAUUUCAAUACUACAGCUUGUGAAAUCCAGAUAAUUUGGCUGUUUGAGAAGCCUCAAAGUAAUCCAAAAUACCUACUUGGCUCUGUAAAUCAGACAGUAGUACCAGACUUGGAAUAUCAGCACAAGUUUACCCUCAUACCACCUAAUGCGUCCUUGAUGAUCAACCUGUUACGUACCAGUGAUGAGGGCAAUUAUAUUGUAAAAGUCAAUGUCCGUGGGAAUGGGACAAUAGCUGCCAGUGAAAGAAUUCAUGUAGCUGUUGAUGUUCCUGUCACACAGCCAAUUGUGCAGACUGAGCCAUCUUCAGGGGUAGUGGAGUACGUGGGGAAUAUUACGUUAAAAUGUACCGUGGGAAAAGGCACAAGAGUAGUUUACCAGUGGAUGAAAAAUGGGAAGCCUCUCCAUGCUGGCCCUAAUUAUACCUUUUCAUCAAACAAUGCUACACUCCUAAUUGUUCCUGUUGCAAAAGAAGACAUUGGGAACUACAGCUGUUUGGUAUCCAACCCUGUCAGUGCAAUGGAAAGUGAGAGAAUUGUACCAACAAUAUAUUAUGGACCUUAUGGACUCCGAGUUAAAUCAGACAAAGGUCUGAAUGUAGGGGCGGUGUUUACCGUCAAUGUAGGGGAAGCCGUACUGUUUGACUGUUCAGCAGACUCAAACCCACCAAACACUUACUCCUGGAUUCAAAGGGCUGACAAUACCACUCAUGUAAUCCAGUAUGGACCCCACCUGGAAGUUGUGUCUGAUACGGUGGCUCAGAAGACAAGAGAUUACGUGUGCCGUGCUUUCAACAACAUGACUGGAAAACGAGAUGAGACUCACUUCACAGUGAUCAUUACCUCUGCAGGACUGGAAAAACUGGCCCAGAAAGGAAAAUCUCUGUCAUCUCUUGCAGUAAUAACUGGAAUUUCAUUAUUCUUGAUCCUAGUUAUGAGCUUUCUAUUCAUAUGGAAAAGAUACAAGCCACUUCAAGUGAUACAACAGAAGCUGCGGAGAAGGCCAGAGGCUGAUUACAGAAAGGCACAAACAUUUUCAGGACAUGAAAGUGCUUUGGAUGAUUUUGGGAUAUAUGAAUUUGUGGCUAUUCCUGAUCAUGCCAGCGGUUCCAGGGUUUCAAGUCAGCCUGUUCACACCUCUGAUAGUGCCUCAGGCCAGGACAUGCUUAGUACAGUUUACGAAGUUAUUCAGCAUAUUCCCAAUCAGCAGCAGCAGGACCAUCAACAGUAAGUUACAGCCUGCAUGCACGCAUGUGGUAGUCAAAGAUAAGGACUUCUGUGUGUGACUGAGACUGAACAAUUCACACAUCGGUGGCUGCUGUUUGAUUCCAGUGAGAGUGUUAAAGCAGCAAAAAGAUCCAAGCUACAUCAGCCCCUCCACUGGUUCGUGUACAAUCCCCCACCUUCAAGACUCCAGCCUGAAGUUUUAUCAUGCCACCUUUGUCUAAGUGUGAAGAAUGAGAGUUAAGAUCUUCAAAAACCAUUUCAGGGGAAAAUUCCCAAGUGCUUUAAGAGGUUUCACAGCACUGAGUUCUGAGCAAUUCCCAGUCAGCAGGUUAAAUCUUCAGUCAAAGACCUGUCAGCCAUGUUCCAAAAAAACUGGGGGGUUUUCUUCAAUUUUGAAACUGGUCAGUUGACUGAUAACCAAAGAUUGUUUGUAAUGAUCACAGAAAUACUAACGGGCAUUGCUUCGUAAUCUGAGUAGCUGAUGUCUUAAUUUGGGUCUUAAUUAAUGAUUUAGAGCAAAAUAGGUAAUGUUCUGCAGUACUCUGUCUGGUAGUCCUGGUUUUGUUCAAAUCACCUUCUUUGUAGUACCUCUUGGCAUCAGAAUAGCGAAUUCACUGUAAAGUUUUUGUCAUGGCUGUAUAGCUGCCAUAAAUCUACUCUGAAUGUUGGCUGUCUUCCUUGCAAAUUAACAAUAGCUCACAAGACUUUAUUUGUUAACAACCCUAUUUUAUCACAUUUUCUGUGUUUUUACUAUCUGUUCAGUUUCUUAAUGGUUGAAAAGAAAAAUACAUAUUCUUGCAAAUAUACUGAGCAGUUGGCUGAGUAUGUGACAGCAUUAGUGUUCAAUAUUUACAUUACUAGAAAUGUGCAGGUUACAAUUGCAACUAUGCAUCUAAAUUAUGUAUUUGUAACCAUGAUUAUAAAAGAAGGAUGACUGGUGAGAAGCUAGUAAUGAAUUACUGAUGACAUUUUUGUAUCAAUCAGAUUUUUUUAAAUCAGUUGUAAAAAUAGCAAUCAUAAAGUACAUUUUCUUCUUAAUCUUAUGUCUCCCAUCUCAACUUUUUUUCACUGAUACAUCGCUCUUCUAAACGAACGGGUUCAAAGUGAAGGUAAAUUGAACUUUGUGACAGUUCAGAUUUCAACUCAGUAUUCUACAGUUGUAGAGGACUCAUUUGCAUAGCCACGUUUCACUCUCUUCAUUUAACCAGAUUUUAAAAAAGAAGUAUGGAAGCAAAAUUUCCACUAACAAAACCAGGACGGGUCCUGCUCAACAUGAUAAAGGGUAAAUGACUCAGCUUAGAAAAACUGCUCUUGUGGAUUUUCCAGUUCCUGACCUGCAGCAAAGGAGCACUCUGACUAGUGAAUAAAUCAGGAUAAUAAAGUCGAUACUUGGUUUUGCAGCAGGAUGCUUCAGCACUGUGUAUAAGGAAAAAGUAAAACAUCACAAAACAGGGGAUGGAGCUGGGGAAGUAAUUCCAAAUUCCUGUAGUGCUAAGCAGUGAUUGCCUACAGGUGGACUCCUUGGACUUGACAUGCAGGCAUCUGCACAGUAGCCAGCUACAUUCAUGGAGAGUGAUACAGGAUUUUCCUGCAUUCUGCUGACAAUGGGAGUUUCUCUUUGUGUAAAACAAAAUAAUGGAUGUUAAGGCAGCUGAACAGGUUUGCUGUGCAAGUGAUGAUUUUGCUCAUGUUCUCAGUGGUCCUGACUGGGAGUGCUGUCAUUUCAUAAUUUUAUUAGAAUUAAAAUCAUGGCAAAAUAAGUAAAAAAAUAUGGUUUCCUAAUGUAAUGCCUAGAUUUUCAGCCUGAAAAUGGUUCAAAUCCUUUCUGUGAACCUGAUAUCUUCAGUGUCAGCUGAUGUUUUGUCUCUCGCUAUAGAAAUCCCAGUGACAGUGUUGGCAGAUUGUCAUAGUAGACAAUGCAGAAUGCUCUGGGAAUUACUUUUUCCUAACACUUUUCCUUACACUUUUGUCAUCCUUUUCAUUCAGACACACACAUGCACCUAUGCCUCUAAGCACUAAUUAACUGUAAGAUGUUUAGUUGUGCCCCAGGUCUUAAAAUAGAAGAGUACUGCUGGAAAGUAAUUAAAUACUUAAACUCCCCUAGGUUUGGACUGAGAGACUCAAUAUCUAAUUGCAGUUAAAAAAAAAUGACCCAGGCUUAUAGCUUGAUUGGCACUUUGGGGUUUUAUGGUGAUAUUAGUUGCUAUGUGCAACAUUAUUUUGCAGGUUUGCCCCCCUCUCUCCAAAGAAUUAAAGUGGAAACAUGAGAUAUGUUUGUGAGGAAACUGCCGAGCUCUGUCUCUGGGAGAGACAGUCAAGGAAGUUACGUGGCAGGAGCACAUUCAGUGAUUGCAUUAAACACACUCCUUGCACAUAUUCUAAACUAGGUAUAAGUUAUGUGACAAACUGGACAACAACGUGACACAUAUGAAAGAAAUCAUAAAAUGGCUGCAAAAGCUAUUGAUCAAGUUUAACCAGUUCUCAUACGUAAGCACUGACAGUUCACACUGCUGUGACUCCUUAGCAGGUGCUGAGUGCAUUACUGCUGAAAAUACAUGACAACCUGAAAUAUUUGUACUGAGAAAGCAGCAAUGUGGUGUGCUGUAUUAGCAAUGAUGGCAUAAUUUAUUUGUUAUCAUGUAGACAUGUUUUGCCACUGGUCUUAUCUUUCAAAACUAGAGAUUGUAUGCAUAGUACAAAUUCAGCCAAAUAUGAGUGUGUCACAGAUGUGGUGGGUGUGUCACACCCUCACUCGUGCUAAAGAACUGUUCUCCUUUUGUGCUUAGAACUGCUGGUUUGGGUAUGUGUUUGCAACAGUGUUUUUUUAUAAAAAUAAAUAAAGGAGGCACUGUGGACAACCA